AUGGCAGCUUCCAUGUCUGGUGAGCAGAUACAGGCUCUAGCCAACCAACUUGAACCGAUCAACCCCACUGGCCUAGGUAGAGCAGUUCAGGUUGUUGCCAUUUUCUUAGGUGUUGUUUGUACCAUCGUCGUGUCCCUCCGGAUCUACGUUCGAGCUGGUUUGUCCGGAGCGUCAACAAGAAUAUGGGGUGUGGAAGACUAUCUGGCUCUGUUCGGAACUCUUCCAUUCCUGCCAUCCGUCGUCUUCGCCGUGUAUGCUGCUCGCUAUGGCGUCGGUUCACACGAUAACGCCAUUCCGUCUCCGCUCUACCUUAUUCGAGCAACCGAGUACGUGAUCUUCUGGGAGAUUCUGUACUUUAUAUCUUCCACUAUCAUCAAGUGUGCGAUUGGCUUUACCUGCAUUCGCCUGGACCGGCGAAGAGAGAUAGUGAUCCCAAUAUCUAUCAACAUGGCCAUCAUGGUCAUCAUCGCAAUACUCGCCUUAGUAUUUGUGUUCGCCAACUGCAGACCUCUCGCAGCGACUUGGAACCCAGCACUAGGAACGUGUCAAACGUUUAUCAGCCUGCAAACAGUCAGCUACAUUGUUUCCGCUAUCCAGAUGGUCACCGAUUGGGUGUGCGCAGGCGUCCCAUUCGUCAUAGUUGCCGGGCUACAGAUGUCGCGCCGCAAGAAAGUAUCCGUCAUCUGCAUUCUGGGACUUGGAGUUUUUGCAAGCGUGGCAACAUGCGUUCGCAUGCCAUACCUCAAGUACUAUGACACCACGAAGUACCCGACCGACAUAGCAUAUCAUCUUGGUGUCAUCAACAUCACCUCGAACAUUGAGUGUGGUCUAGGCAUCAUUGGAUGUUCCCUUCCACCUCUGCGUAAGCUGUUCAAAUUUUAUUACGGUUCUUCACACGAUGGGGAUUACAAGUACCCAAGAGAGAGUGAGAACGCUCUCGGGGGUUCUGGCCGAGGCAUCAAGUUGAGCUCGAUUAGCAAUGGCAAUCCAGGCUACCACGCGUCGGCUAGGCGUGCCAACUCCGGUGCUCUUGAGCUGGAGUUGGAAGAUGACGACUCGAGUCGCAUGGGCAUCAUGCGGAAGACCGAAGUUCAUGUUAGCUCAGCCUCCUUUCGCCAUGCCUGA